AUGGCUACUGCAUCUACAGAUCUAUCUAUUCAAUGUAUGCACGGUCAAGCUGGUAAUAAUGAUUGGAAAUUACCACGCCGUAUAGCGAAAUGUGAUAAAAAAGCAAGACCAGAUAUGUACGGCGAAAUUGAUGCUAGCGAAUAUUUAGAUGAUGAUACUGUACUUGAUGCAAAACUUGAUAUAGUAAUUUCAUUAAUUCGACAAAGUCAACAAUUUGUUGUUUAUACUGGAGCUGGUAUUUCAACAUCAUCUGGUAUUGGUGAUUAUGCAUCGAAAGCAUCAAAUUCUAUAGUUAUGCGUGAAACAAGUGUUAAUCGUUUGAAAGCUGUACCAACACUAACUCAUCAUGUAUUAGUUGCACUUGAAAAGAAAAAAUAUCUUAAACAUUGGGUACAACAAAAUCAUGAUGGUCUUGCACAACGUGCUGGAUAUCCACAAGCGAAAUUAAAUGAAAUUCAUGGAUCAUGGUUUGAUAAAAAGAAUCCUGUUGUUUUAAUGGAUGACAACCUUAAACCAGAAUUGUGUGAAUUGUUACAUGAAUGGGCACAAAAAUCAGAUUUAGUACUUGCUAUGGGAUCAUCUAUGUGUGGUAUGCAGGCAGAUAAUAUUGCUACAAGAGUUGCUGAAAGAGAAGGAACACUUGGUUUAAUUAUUGUUAAUUUACAAAAAACACCACAUGAUCAUCGUGCAAAAAUAAGAAUUUUUGCUCCAUGUGAUAAAGUUAUGGCUUUAUUAGCAAAGAAAAUGAAAUUGAGAAUUCCUAAAAACUAA